UUCAAACGUUUCACAAAGAAUGCCUCCUUGACCCCUCUCUCAAACCAUUUCUUCUCUCUGGCUAAUAUUUUAACUUCCUUGUCGUUAGACGUGUGGUUAGUGUCUUUAAGGUGGAGAUGAACUGAGCUCUGAGCUCCUAGUGGUCAAGAUGCGUGGUUGUGGUGGUUAGAUCUUCUGGUCAACUUCCUUCAAUAGGUAGAGGUACUGUGACAGACCCAUCCAAGGGGAAUGAAAAGAAAGACUAAGAGUAGUUCUGACAGACAGAAACAUGCAGGAGGACCAUUCAAGAGGAGGGGAAGCUCAGCAGAGGAGUGGGAGGAUGUUGUUGGCCCGUCCAUGGCUGCAAUGCCUACCCACCAGCUUCCAACUAUCAGAACCAUAUUGCAACGCUACCCUGGUUCCUGGAGUCCAGACUACCAGCCCCUGGUCCACGACUGGACCUACAGCUGUGGCAAGACGUGUCUCAAUGAGACUGUGGAUACUCCUGUGGCCAAGGUUGUCAAGAAGUCCAUCCAGAGACAUCUGUGGUAUCUGACAGAGCCACUCGUUGUUCUGGGCCUCUUUGAUAGCCAUCUUAGAAGUCACACGAAAGCUGCCAUGGCUGUUCAGCUCCAGACUUCCUUGAAGCCACCAUAGUCUACACCCCUGGAAAGCCGACCUUCCCACGUACAGCUGUGCUUCAAGGGGAUACCAGCCUUACCUCCCUGGUGGGACCACAUUCCUGGCUGCUAUUCGACCUGCUGGGUGAGACUGGGCACUGGCUGGCCUUGCCCCCUGGCCAGUGGGAUGAGAAUGAUGAUUUUGUGAGAAUGAAAUCAAUUGUGUGUAACAUUUCUGUCGUGAAUGAUACUGCUGAACGGAUCAUCAACGACAUUCAGGACGUUGCAAAUGUAUCAAAGAUGAAUCACACAGAGAGGAGGCUGUGCUGGUAAUAGAAUCUCGGAAUGUCCCAACCUUCACAAAAAGUAAGAUGGAUGAAGGACUGUGAACUAUGACUGUGUAACUAUGUCAGGCUAUUAUGUUGUUUUAUGUCAAGCAUUAUCAUAUAUGUUGUAUAUUUUGCUGCUGUUAACAAAAAGAUGUUAACAAAAAGAUGUGUGACCUCAUAAUAUUGUAACAAAUUAAAUAUAUAUUGCCUACCUUACUUUGGUAUUGUUUCAUAGUUACCAUCUGUCUUUAGAAACAUAUUUCACACAUGGUUUUGAUGAUGAAAAUGGAAAAAAAAUCAUUUAAUUUCCAUAUAAAUUGACUAAAUAACCAUCAUAAAUGAAACCAGCACCCCCAAAAACCAUAGUUAGGUAGUUUGUGUUCAGAUAAUAGUGUUUUCUGUUGAACUCUUUAAUGUUUUCUAUGCGAAAGUGGACAUUUCGCAGCAAAAUACACUGAUGCAUGGAAGAUGGGUCAAGCCUUGUCCAAUUUUGUUUCAUUAGUUCACAUGGGAGACAAAUUAGUUUAAAGAGCAGGAAGAUCUGAGAACUUUUGCAAAAAAUGAGACACCCUAAAGGUUAGCCAUCUUUGAACUUGUCCAACCCUUACUGACCUUACCAGCCCCUAGAGCAAAAACACAGAGGGAAAAACUCCCUCUGAUGGUUUGAGGAAGAAACCUCAAGCAGACAAAGGGGUGACGCUCUGCUUGGGCCAUGCUACCGACACAAUAGACAAUACAGGAAAUUUUGGAAGUCCAUGUCGGUUCACAGAGCGGAAGGCAUGCAGAAGAAGACACCACCCCCAUCUUUGGAUGGAGCCGCACCUCAAACAGGGAGAAAAAACAAUCAGGAAGCAGAAAGACAACAAAUACAGUAUAAUUUGUCAGCAUUUAGCAACAAGAAAAACAGAAGAAAUACUAAGGUUUUUACUAAGAAUUUUGCCUGGCAUGCCAAACUUCCUCAGUCUUCUCAGGAAGUAUUGUCGUUGUUGAGACUUCCUGAUGAUACACUGAGUGUUGUGGGUCCAGGUGAGCUCAUCACUAAUGUGGACACCUAAGAAUUUGAAGGUUUUCAACUUCUCCACCUCAUUCUCACCUAUGCAGAGUGGUGCAUAUGCAUGGAUCACAAUCAUCUGAACAAACCCGACAUAACUGAGCAUUUUUAAGUGAAUGCGUUACACAUGAAUAAAAAAAAAAGUUUGUAGGAGAAUUAUCUACUUUGUCCUGAUGAAUCUAACUUUUUCUUUUCUUUUUUCCACCACACGUAACACCAACCACUGUAGUAACGCUCUUUGGCCAAUAGAUGGCGAAAUACUUUCCAGGAGCUCCCGUUACCACAGUGAUCACAAGAGUCAAACGGCGCUGUUUGAACGAACCAAUCACAACAGCGGUUCUGGCAUUUAAACCGGCUGUCGUCAUUGUCGCCCAAUUCGAAAACGGAGGCGCUGAGAGUCAAAGAAAAGCUGAAAGUGCUCCGGUUUCUGGAGAAGGUCGUGGUGAAAAUGGCACAGUUUGGUUUUGAGAAUGACAUCCACAGCAUUUUGAAGCUGGAUAUGCCCAUCACAAACGCUCCCAUGGCGAGGUGGCAGAGAAAGGCCAGCUCGUCCAACGUGUCCGCUUUAUCGCCUGGAAAAUCUACCAAUGUGUCUGUGAAUUCAUCAAAAACACCCAGUAGAACACCAGGCAAAAAUAAAAAGCCAACUCCUUCCAAAGUUGGAGGUGAUCGCUUCAUCCCCACCAGAAACAGCAAACAGAUGGACGUGGCAACUUUCCUGCUCACUAAGGAGAAUGAACCCAUGGACACAAAUGAUCCAGCAGGAACAUCAGAAACCCAGAAGGCUUGGUCUGUGUCAUUGAACGGUUACAACGUUGAAGAUGCAAAGAUCCUCCACUUAGGAGGGAAGCCACUGAAUGCUCCAGAAGGAUACCAGAACAACUUGAAAGUCCUCUACAGCCAAGUGACGACUCCUGUUUCUGUCAAAAAGACAAGAUACAUCUCUAUGGUUCCUGACCGAAUCUUGGAUGCACCUGAACUCCGGAAUGACUUCUAUUUGAAUCUCUUGGACUGGAGCAGCAGAAACGUUCUAGCUGUGGCACUUCACAACGGCGUGUACCUGUGGGAUGCCACGCAAGGAGACGUCACGCUGCUCAUGAAGCUGGACCAGGAGACGGACUAUGUGUGCUCUGUGUCCUGGACCAAAGAGGGAGGCUACCUGGCUAUCGGCACCAGUGACUGCAAAGUUCAGUUGUGGGAUGUGGAAAGCCAGAAGCGUCUGCGCACCAUGGCCAGCCACACAUCGAGGGUUGGAAGCUUGAGUUGGAACGAUCACAUUCUUUCCAGUGGCUCCAGGUCAGGACACAUCCACCAUCAUGAUGUGAGGGUGGCCGACCACCACAUUUUCACACUGACCGGCCACUCACAGGAGGUGUGUGGGCUGAAGUGGUCCCCUGAUGGGCGCUACCUGGCCAGCGGGGGGAACGACAACAUGGUGUACGUGUGGCCUCGCGUGCAGGAAGGUGGCACCAGCAAUGACAGCCAGGCAAUCCACGGCUGGAGCGACCAUCAGGGCGCUGUCAAGGCUUUAGCCUGGUGUCCAUGGCAACCAAAUGUCCUUGCCUCUGGAGGCGGCACCAGUGAUCGUCACAUCCGCAUCUGGAACGUCAACAGCACUGGCUGCAUCGGUUCACUUGACACUCAGUCUCAGAUCUCCUCUCUGGUGUUUUCACCAAACUACAAAGAGCUGGUAUCUGGUCACGGAUACUCUCACAACAGUGUGGUUAUCUGGAAGUAUCCAUCGCUGUCCAAAGUGGCGGCACUUGAUGGACACGAGGACAGGGUUCUGAGUCUGGUUCUGAGCCCAGACUGUUCGACUGUGGCGAGUAUUGCCGGGGACGAGACGGUGCGUCUGUGGAAAAGCUUUGAGCUGGAUCCUGUUAAGAAGAAGGCCAAAGACAGAAUGACUCAACCGACCACUAGCGUCAUUCAUCAGUCAAUCCGAUGAAUAUAUAUAUUUUUAAAUAGUUAACAUGUUCUGCUUGGAUCAAAGGUUUGCACCGUUUUUAAAGACCUAAAUGGUAACUUACUGCAUUCAGAUGAACUCUCAAAUGUUGGCUUUGGAGCAGCACUAACCAUUGUUUAUCAUGGAUCUGGCUCUAAAACAGCAAAUAUAGUGGCUCAGUAUGUAAAGAAUCACUUGUUAUGCAGACAUGUCAAUAAAGGUUUUUAAUGAGUACAACACAACG